AUGAAGGUCACACAGUUGUACGUCUACCCGAUCAAGUCAUUGCGGGGCAUCUCGCUGCAGCAUGCGAAGCUGGACCGGCAAGGAGUGCAGUAUGACCGCCGGUUCAUGCUCUUGAAGACACAUGACGAUGGCCACCUGGAGCCCAUUGAAGUCGUCAGAUUCCCAGCUUGUGCCCUGUUCACUCCGGAGAUUGUCGAUGGCAACAUUGUCGUGAGGUGCCAAAUCCCAGAGGAGCCGCUCGUCCCGCCGGCGCCUGAACAGAAGACGACUCUCCACAUCCCUCUAGAUCCUGACAUCUCAGGUCUGGGCACUGUGGAGGUGGACUUGUAUGGGAGCAAAUGUCUAGGCUACUGUAUGCCUGAUAAAUACAGCUCGUGGUUUAGCUCUUGCUUCGGGCUCAAAGCCAUGCUCGUUUACAUUGGCGACGCAAGACGACCUGUCCUAGGGACCAUGUCGCCGGCUGUCGCCCAGGAGCAGAAAACCCAAGGCUGGCUCUCGUCGAUGACAAGCUAUCUCACCGGAACAGGACAUCCCCAAGAUCCUCACUGGUUGACCUUCACCUGCGUGGCCGCCUUCCUCAUCACCACCGAGUCGUCCGUAAAGGACGUGAGCGGCCGUCUGCCCGAGGGCGAGGAGAUGGACAUGCGCAAGUUCCGACCCAACAUAGUCAUUGACGGUGGAGAGCCUUUCGAAGAAGACUUCUGGGGCGAGAUAGCCGUCGACGGAGGGCCUCGGCUGGUUCUGACAGGGAACUGUGGGCGUUGCGCCUCGAUCAAUGUGGACUAUAAGACGGGAAGACCGGGCACAGGGGAAUCUGGCAAGGUCUUGAAAAAGUUAAUGCGCGAUCGGAGAGUCGAUCGAGGCAAUCGGUGGUCACCAAUUUUUGGCAGAUAUGGUUUCCUCUUGGACGAUGAGGCGGAGAUCAGCGUGGGCAAUGUUGUGGCUGUUACAAAAUCACUUGAAGAACGUUGUGUCUGGGACUGGCCCCCAUAUAAGUGAUGUAUCCACUCUUUUCUUUUGCCUUUAUUUUGGGGAACGCCGUGGUUGAGGUCAUAGAUCAGUCCAGCGUGUCGGGAUAACAAUCUGGAGUGGGGCCAUCGCCCACAUGGUCCCUGAAGAUAUUGAUUUGAUCAAUACAUUUGUUGAAGCUGCUACAUGCAAACAAGUUCAGACGACAAUAAAUAAAUUAUGGGUCCAGGACCCUUG